AUGGGGUUUGCACAAGAAGUGUGUGAUAACUCUUUGUUUACUAGAGGAUCUGGUGAUGGUUUCAUUGCCCUCGUGGUGUAUGUAGAUGAUGUGAUAUUGGCUAGCAGUGACAGAACUCAAAUCCAACAAAUCAAAGAUCAUUUACAUUCAGUUUUCCAAAUCAAGGACUUGGGAAGCCUAAAGUAUUUCCUUGGAUUGGAAGUUGCUAGGAAUCAUAUAGGUAUAUCUCUAACUCAAAGGAAGUAUGCCUUAGACCUUCUACAAGAUGCAGGUUUUCUUGAGAGUAAACCUGUAAAGUGUCAUAUGGUCCAGAAAAAUAAGUUCUCCCAAGAUGAUAGUGAGGCAUUAGAGGAUAACACUCAGUAUAGAAGAUUGUUGGGAAAACUCCUAUAUUUGACCAUCACUAGACCUGACAUAUGUUUUGAUGUGCGACAAUUGUCUCAAUUCUUAGACAAACCUACAGUUUUUCAUCUCCAAGUAGUCCAUAGAGUGCUUAGGUACAUUAAAGGCAGUCCUGGACAAGGUUUGUUCUUCCCUGCAGAUUCCAAUCUGAAGUUGAGUGGCUUUAAUUUGCUGAUUCAGAUUGGGCAGCUUGUUCUGACACAAGAAGAUCUGUCACUCGUUUUUGUGUGUUUUUGGGAAAUGCCUUGGUAUCCUGGAAGUCCAAGUAACAAAGCACUGUAUCUAGAUCAUCCUCUGAAGCUGAGUAUAGAGCCCUUGCUCUUACUGUUUGUGAAAUACAGUGGUUGUUCUAUCUUCUUCAAGUCCACUAAGUACAGACAGUAG